GGACGACAUCGAUCUCAGCCAGCUCCGCGUCUCUCCUUAUGUGCCAGAGGUCAUCCACCCGGAGCUUCUCCCCUUCGCGCCGCCCCAAUGAACCGGUACCGACUCUCAACUUUCGGGCUUCCUUCUAAUAUCCCUUCCUUCUGGCAGUCCGCUAAGGACGUCUCUCUCUGUUUCCAGAUAAGGCAGCUGGAUAUGCCGAUCCUAAAGGCCGGCAAGUGGGCGGAGUGGUGGAACGAGUACAUCGCGCUCAACUUCUGCCUUCUCGAAGUAGUGUUUCAUUGGGCGGAGCCGGCCAAUAAGGACGAGGAGGACGAAGUCCCCGAUGACGAGGUGGACCUGCUGAUUGGCCAAGCCUGGAGAACGGAUAUGGAGGGAGAACUGUUGGGGAUUAUAUUCGAGAAGGUCAGGGACGGUCAUUUGGAGUCAAUCACGGGGGAAGUUCUGGUGUUCCUGGCUCAACUUCUGGUUGACCCGAGCUUGGAAAUUCUUUCGAGGUGCGACGAGCAGUCCGCUACAACCCCGCUCACCCGAACGCUAGUACCACAUCUACUGUGGUCCGUGUGCACGGAGCUCGACAGCGACAAUUGCUACUACCCCUCUUCGGGUCAUUACCUGGUCAUCGACGUGACCGACCUCACCUUGUGGGAUCCGAUCAUCCGAAGAGUGGAGGUGGGAGGAGUAGUCGAUGACGCAGAGGAAGAGGAGGAAAGCGAAGAGGAAGAAGAAGAAGACUCGGAGCCUGAAGCCGACGAUCCCGAUUACCACGAGUUAGAGGAGAGUGAGUUGGGCGGGAGUGGGCCGGACGAAUCAGGCAACCCCAACGAACAGAGCAAGGAAGAGGACGGGCUAGCAACACGAUUGUCAAAAGUUGUUUCACCCUGUGGUGUCUCGACCUCGGUGGUCUUUGUGGGCCUGGGGGCGACGUCAGACACAAAGGGUGCAGAAGUGGGCAGCGGCGAGGGGUCAUCCAGACGCCAGUUGUCGUCAUCAGAUGGUCGCGGAGGGGAUGGUGAAGAAAUGGGACCUGGAACACGUGAGUGCGGUGGGAAGUCUGGGUCUAGGACUGGCCAUGGGGCUCCGAUGAUUACGGUACGCUGGACGGGUGCUGAGGUGGCAGGCACGCGGCGGCGUCGGCUAUGUCUCCCUGUCGUGGCAAUUCGUCAGGAUGAAGGUCGCGAAGAGCCCCCGCAGAAUUCCACUUUGAGGCGGCAAUUUGACGAGUUUGACCGCAAUCGAUCCGGUGCUCUUGGCGAGGAGGAACUGAGGAGAGCUGCGGAGAAGCUGAGACUCCCCGUCUCUCGGAAGGACGUGAAGGAGUAUGUGCAGAAGGCGGGCGGUCGUGUGACGUUUGAUCAGUUUGCGGAGUUCACGAGGGGAUUGGAGGACAGGCUGCAUGCCACAUUCAAGGAGCUGGACAAACGACAAAGGGGUGUUGUGUCCAAGGAGGUUAUUCCAGAGGCUCUGAAGAGGUUCAACCUGCCGSCUAGGAAGGUGUAUCAGGAUGAUCGGCUGGUGAACGCCAGCGUGGGCAAGCCUCCGUCCGAAGGGUUUGGGUUCGAAGACUUGCGGAAGUACCUGCUGUGGGCGAGGGAUGCUGAAGAGGUUGUGGGCUCACCGGCACGCGCUGGAACUGCGAUAGACUUCGGCGGAGAUUUCGACUGCAACUUGCCCCUCGCUCUCGAGAAGCGUGGCGUGAUGCCCAACCUUCGCUUCCCUGAGCUGCAAACCAUGAGAGACGUGGUCGCCGCCUCUAUCUCCGGCGCAGUCGCUCGAACCGUCGUCGGUCCCCUAGAAAGGAUGAGGAUCAUGCAGAUGGYUGAUCCCAGUCUGGCGAGGCAGGACCCUCGCGUGUUAUUGAACCGGAUCCGGACGGCCGAGGGUGACAGAGGGCUUCUGAGAGGUAAUCUCCUCAACGUUCUUCGGCUGUAUCCGGCCAAGUUGGUGGAGGCGCUAGUCUACAGGGCGUUGACCAAUCGGUUUGACCCAGCUAGGCAAGGCACAGCAGGUCCGGCGAAGAAACGGGGGGGUGCGGAUGCUGCAGAGGGGCAGAGACAGCAGGGAUGGAUGAUGCCUGAUUGGCAGCGAAACGCGAUCGCGACGCUGGCAUCAACGGCCGGAAUUCUUACGUCGUAUCCUAUCGACACACUAAGAGUUGCAGUGCAAGCGCCGAUCCGCGGGCUGGGGGCGGCGGCGGGGGCAGUGACGGAGGCAGUUCGGGAUACCGUUGGGGGAGUGGGUGGGAAUGGAGGUCGAGGUGUGGGCGGCGCCGGGAUACCGGGGACAGGUGGGAGAGGUGUUGGAGUAGUGCCCGGGGCAGACGGAAGAGGGGCUGGCGACAUCGGGAGAGCGAUCAUGAGACGCCGAGGCGUAAGGGGGUUCUACGACGGCAUAGCUCCGCAGAUCCUUCGCACCAUUCCUUACUUUAUCCUCAGCGGGUAUGCCUUUUCCACAGUGGAGCGCUGGUACAAGAAGAGACAAGGCCGUGCGGAUGCAGAGCCUGGGCCAGUGGCGAUCGUAUUGAUAGCCACGGCGGCUGCGCUGUGCGCCCAAACCGCGCUCUAUCCUUUGGAGACCGUUCAGAGGCGCAUGCAGUUGCAAGCAGCCAUGGGACCCGCCGCAGGACGGGUUUACUCCGGCAUGAUGGACGCCGUCAGGGAGAUCAUUAGGAGAGAGGGAGUUGGCGCGCUGUAYGCCGGACUGGCGGUCAACAACCUGAAGCUCCUCCCAGCGGCCGCCGUCUCUUUCGCGAUCCACAACUCCGCUCGGAAUCUCUGCGACGCCUACUAGAAUUCGCUGUGUGUGUGUUUAGGGUCUACUCUCGUAUUCCACGCAAGAUGUGGGGAGGAGGAAGAAGAGGACGCGGAGGGACUCAGGGGAGCGUGUAAGGAGAAGGAAGUUUCUGAAAGCGUGUGCCUCGUGCAGAUAGGAAGUCAAAAUCGCGUCGUACGAAUGGAGAUCGACGUGGAUUUCGAAGAGAGGAACUUGCGUCGUACGUAAAAAGAUGAGGAUUAAUAUGGCUUUAGGUUCAUUUCGUGAAUUCGAGGGUGAGGGCGUGAUGAACGUAAUGGGAUGGGGGAGAGGGAAGAAGGGUUGACUAGGGUUUGGGGUAAGGAAGGAGAGAGAGAGAGAGAGAGAGAGAGAGAGAUUGCCGAUCAUGUACUGGAGGAGGGAGAGAGGUGAUAACCAAAAUAGUCGAAGCUGUCGUUCAACUGGAGGAAGAACGAAAGCGUUUUUUCCUGUCCUAAUAGAGGGCGUCAGUUGGUUGAAUCAAUCGUUGGGGGUAUAUAUGUCCAUGCGGCGAGCCUCCAACAUUGUAGAACUGACGUAGGCUAGUAUGGACAUUACGUGUAUUUGUCAAUGUAAUGAUAUGCCCUGUAUUUGUUGUAAAUGUGACAUGGUGGUGAUCUGCUGAUUGGAAUUGUGCCCUUGUUGUGCUCGCCGCGGAAUGUCAUAUCGGGGCUAAAUUAACGAGUCGCAGUACGUUGCUUGAUGUUCAGGGGAGUGCCUAGAGUUCAUUGUGUUUGCGAUGUAAUCCCCGAAGGAACCGGUCUGAGAUAUUUCAGAGUUUGAACGUCGAUAAUUCAGAGUACCAACGUCAUUCCUCGUGUGCCAUCCGGAUUCUAGAUCCGGUCUGUGUUUUACGAAUGUAAGGUUCCACGAACUGACGAAGUUUUAUCGUUAUAAGUCUUAAUCUAGAGUACCUGUGAGAGAAAGAAAGAGAAUGAGUGACCUUGCUAUUUUCAUAUGAGGCCAUGGUUCGACCGGGAAACUAUCGCCAUGGAGAGCAGUAUUUCUGCACGGUGGUUGUGGCCACGCUGCAAUUUUUUGAACGCAGUAACUGAGUGUAAGAUAUUGAGUCGUAAUUGUGAACGUAUGUCACUGUUGUUUGCAAGCCUUGUAAUAGUGAGCGGUGUUUGAUAAGCCUGGCGUAAUUGUGAACGUAUGUCACUGUUGUGAUAAGCUUCGUAAUAGUGAGCGGUGUUUGAUAAGCCUGGCAUAGUGAGUUUGUGAACGUAUGUCAUUUGUCUGCAAGUCUGUAAGUCUUGUAAUAGUGAGAGCGCUCGUGUUGAUAAGCCUGUCAUAGUGAGCGGGAGGGCGACUGGAAACCGGCGUGAUUUCGUAGGCGGUUGCGACGUACGUUGCCGUGGUGCUGAAGAUGUCCUGUGAGCUCUGUUGCUUUGAGGGGUAUUGCUAACUGCUGGUGGCGUGUUGAGUCCUUAUCCGUCAGUCCAAUGCUUCGUGGUUGGACUGUUGGGCCUGAAUAUGAUGAGUCGAGAGAAAGUCCGAUUGAACUGACUGGCGAGUAUGACGACACACUCGUGAUUGUUGUGAUGUAUAAAUUCUUUCUUUUUCUCAUUCUAAAGUACGAAGAAUUACUGUAUUUCCUUUCUGCUGUUCAUUUUGUUUAUUUGGUCUUUUCCUGCGCUUCUUCUGUCUGAGUGGAAGCCUUUAAGAUGCGCCAAAUAG